UGUCAGAAGAAGAGGUUUUCAGGAGGAAUGCCUUCAUCCUCAUAACCACGAUGGUUGACCUGAGUAACCAGACUCCUCAGGAUACGUCCGUGUUGGUGGAUGAGGUUCUUCACAGCCUGUUCUUUCUGGGAGCGAUCAACUGUCCACCGUUUUCACCCCAAAGUCUUCUGGAUGAUGAUGAUAAAAUAUUGGACUAUUUGAAGAUAGAGUAUCCUCUACCCUUUCAACUUUAUUUGACUCAACUUCCCAGGAGGAGUCCGUUUUCCUGUUUGCUAGACAUGGUCGUCUCCCUCUAUGGACAAGAAAAUGAAGAUCAGAUUAAAGACAAACUGAAGAUCAUCGUUCAUCAAAUGAAAGAAGGAACUAAUUUACAAAUUUUAUUCUCCUCCACCAUCUGCAUCUCUCGGAUCAACAUCUCUAGUUCCCGUAGAUAUUAUGGGGUGUCUAAAUCCACUAAAGGUCGCCCUGCAGGAGAAAUCCUGGUUGCUUCGUCC